AGUUAACCGACUGAAAUGGAGGUUCCACUGGUAGAAUUUCAGGGUGCCACUAACUUGCACCAUCGUGGACCUAAUGCACCUUUGUUCAGUGGAUCUACUUCGUGUGGCGAUGAGUUUAGUGGUGGAAUGCCUUUGCAUCGCACGACGCCACAACUUGAGGAACAUGAGAUCCUCACAUCUACUGGAGUUCCCCAACGUGUUUACGUUCAACGAGGUCAUGGGAAACUGGCGUUGCUGACCUAUCAUGACAUUGGCACAAACCAUACUUCAUUUCUUGGAUUCUUCAAUCACCCAGAUAUGCGUGUGAUCACCAAACACUUUGUGGUUUAUCACGUUUGCGCCCCCGGUCAUCACGAGAACGCCCCGAAUGUAUCGCUAGACGACGCAGCGGCAAGCAAUCACAGUCAAUCUUUGCUGGUCGAUAAGGAAGGUGGUCCGGAGAAGGCAGCGUCAACUGUUUCCACACGAGCCUCUCAUCCAACGUUACCCAUGGGCCGGGCAGCUAGUUCGGAAGUUGGCCUGCAGUAUCCGAAUUUGGACCAACUGGCAGAGAUGGUAACUUCCAUUCUCGUUCACUUCGGAAUCGACUACUUCGUUGGCUUCGGCAUGGGUGCCGGUUCAAACGUUCUAUCUCGCUAUGCGUUACAUCAUCCGGACAACGUGCUGGCUCUAUUCCUGCUCAAUCCCACGGCUACCACUCACACAUACUAUCAGAAAUAUCGUUGUCUUUGGUGGGAUAUACCGUACCUAAAACAAGGUGUUCUCACAGACUAUCUGUUGGAACAGUUGGACGCGCAUUGGUUUGGUUAUGGAUUGGCUGAAAAUGAUGAUAUCUUACACUUUUACCAUCAACUUGCACGCAGUCUUAAUCCACUCAAUCUCGCUGGCUACAUACGAGCCUUUAUUGAUCGAACUGAGAUAAACCUAAUACGUCCAAUUGGUCCUGCAAUGCCGGGUGAACCCGAGGCCCCAGCGUCUGAACCAACUGUUAUCAAGACGGACGUGUGUCUUGUCACUGGACACCGAGCUGUGGACUUAUGUCGAAUUCUGGAGGAGAUGAACGGACAGAUGGAUCCUAAAAAGACGCAGUUUCUCACUAUUCCGGACUGCACAGGAAUGGUGAUGGAGGAAGAUCCGGACAAAUUAGCCGUGGACUUCCUGCAUUUUCUCAGAAGCAUCGGACUGUGGAUGGCGGUGGAUUCCUCAGCCAGUGCCUGUCUAGCCUAUUUGGGUGUGUUUGGGAGAAGAUCAUCGCAGACAACUGGGGUGAAUCGAUAG